AUGGCGGGGACGUACACAAUGAACGAGGUGCUCGACUGGCAGCGGAAGUCUGAAAUGCAGAUGCUGAUAUCGGCGUCGGAGGGAGACCCGGUUCCACUGUCCUACACUGUCAUACCAUUGACAACAAAUCUUGGUCUGAAUGAGUCGCAGCUUGCUCGAGGGCGAGUCAACAUCGAGGGCAACAUGGUUGCUGCCGAUGCGAGCAAUUAUGCCAGUAUCAGUGGCUCGGAUGUGAUCCCGUAUUUGUCUUGUGACCAGACAAACACGUCGUUCCUGGAACCAAGCGCAGUUCUGAACGCCCUCAUGAGCAACGACCCACAGCCAGCCGCGAUCCUCUUGUACAGCCAACAGGGAAUGUGCUGCGGCUUGACUGGCCAGAACCUUAAUUUCAACCGCAUUUUGACCAUGUCGGACGAGCAGGCCGCUUCUCAGACCUUACUCAUGGCCAAUAUGUCCGAAGGGACAGCACGAGCUCAGAUUUCCGGUAACUUCACCGAAACUGACAACAACAAUGCCGGCCAGCAGGGCGGAAACAACUCGGCCGUCGCCAUGAGCAUACUGUACAGCAUCACCGGCCUCAUUACACUUCUGUUCCUCAUCAUUAUUGCAACCGGCGCCAUACGAGCGCAUAGAUAUCCCGAGAGAUAUGGACCCCGCAAUGCCUUCGGUGGGAGGCCAAGGCAGAGUCGUGCGAAGGGUCUGGCUCGUGCUGUGCUCGAAACCAUUCCCAUCGUCAAGUUCGGAGACUCCCAACCGAAACCAGAUCCCAAUCUCGAGCUCGAGAAUGGCGCGUCGCAGCAGACAGGUGACAACAACGCGGACCGUCAGUCACCCGAGAAUGGCUCUAGUCGCCACCUAUCUACUAUUCCAGAGAGUCCACUCGGCUCUCCUGUCGCACCCGCCGCGUCGGGUGCUCUUGGGCCCGGAUCGGACUGCGAGGCAGAUGCCGCAGGGACCAGCCGUGUUGCCCAGCACGGCACAGACAAUACAGCCAGUGGCACCCAGGCUGAUGAGGUCCUGGGUUGCUCAAUUUGCACAGAGGAUUUCACUGUUGGCGAGGACGUCCGCGUGCUUCCCUGCAACCACAAAUUCCACCCACCUCGACUUGACCUACGCCCAGAGCAAGGCGAAGGUGGUGAUGAUGAACGCAACGAGAACAGCGAGGCACCGCCACUAGGCGCUGAUGCCAACGACAACGCAGAGUCUUCGAACCCUUCUCGACGUCGGUCUAGGCUGUUUGAUCUGCACCGACUUCGGCACGCGACUGUCGAGGAACGCAUCGAGGUCCUCCGACGAUAUCGAACGGAGCAGCGUUCAGGGUCAUCUGCGAGCAACGAAGAUGAGGGUCGUGAUCGGUCCGGACUUACCAACCGACUCAGGGAUAGGUUCCGCAUCAGAACGAGCUGUGCAGCGAUCCUCCGAACGGACAGGUAG